AUGCGUGGUCGGCCAUCUUUUCUAGCCAGCCCCUCAGAAGCGCCAGUUAACAACAUUUCCGCAAUCAUGCUCUCGUUGUUCCUUUUCCCAGUCGCUCUUCUUUCGCCCAUCGCCUUAGCGAGUCCACUGGAGAAGCGAGCCAUUACAUGCUUGAAAGUAGGAUCCAUAGCCACAGCUAGCUGGACAAACGCAGCGGGCCAGAGAUGCACUUUCUCGGGUAUCGUGGGGAGCAAUUACGGUACCAACUCUGCGGGUGGGGAGUAUAGCUGCAAUGGUCGAUGUGGCGCUGGCUGUUCAGGAGCAUCGAUCGGCAAUGCAUAUACCCAAGACUGCUUUUCGCACGAUAUCUGCUCGUACUUCGAGAAUGCCAGUGGUGGUGCCAGGGACGCAAAUUGUGGUGCUGCGUACAACUCUGCAAUCGAUGAUACUGCGUUUGGCACCGUGAACGGCUGUGGACAGACCAAUCCUUCGAACAAUGCUCAAGCUCCAAGCGGCAGUCCAACUUGUUCAUAG